CGAACGCACAAGCAGUGAGAUCACAACCUGAGCUGAAGUCGGACACUGAACUGACUGAGCCAUCAGGCGCCCCUACCUAAAAUGCAGACUCUUUACCUGCAUUACCUGACUUCAUAUCAAGCCAAGGUGUGCACUAGACAUCUUGGCCUUAUUUCUGUUCCUAAAACUUGUGUCUAACUGAGAAACUUUGCACUUAACUCUCCCAUCUGUCUGGAAUGCGCUUUCAGACUUCAGCUGGAAUGUCACCUUCCCAAAGAGGCUUUCCCUGUACUAAUUAGUACUAAUCCCUAGUCAUUCUCUGAUCACUAGCUUAUUUAUUGCAUUUCUUACCUUCUGGAAUUGCUUAUGUAGUCAUUGGCUAGCUUUUUGUCUGGCUCCUCCCCCUAGAAUGUAAGCUCCAUGAGGCCAUGACUUACUCUCUUCUGUACCCUCAGUGCCUGGCACAUAACAAGGGCACAAUAAAUGCUAACUCUCCUUAUUUUUGUUUUUGUUAACAUUGUGAUGCUUCUUUGGACUCCUUCGAGUGCCAAGAGUAUGAGGCUCUGGCCUCCACUGGCCGCUCACUCGUGAUCCUUCCACCACGGCGGAGCCUUCUAAGCCGACCUCCUGCCGUGUGGUGAUCUACCUGCAGCGGGAGAUGUCAGGGGACACCUGUCUGUGCCCAGCAUCCGGCGCCAAGCCCAAGCUAGGUGGCUUCAAGGGAGGAGGCCUGGGCAACAAAUAUGUGCAGCUCAAUGUGGGUGGCUCCCUGUACUACACCACUGUGCGGGCACUGACCCGGCAUGACACCAUGCUCAAGGCCAUGUUCAGCGGGCGCAUGGAGGUGCUGACCGACAAAGAAGGCUGGAUCCUCAUAGACCGAUGUGGAAAGCAUUUCGGCACCAUUUUGAAUUACCUCCGAGAUGACACCAUCAUCCUCCCACAAAACCGGCAGGAAAUCAAGGAACUGAUGGCUGAAGCAAAAUAUUACCUCAUUCAGGGGCUGGUGAACAUGUGCCGGACUGCCCUGCAGGACAAGAAGGACUCCUACCAGCCUGUGUGCAACAUCCCCAUUGUCACAUCCCUGAAAGAGGAAGAGAGGCUCAUCGAAUCCUCCACGAAGCCCGUGGUGAAGCUGCUGUACAACAGAAGCAACAACAAGUAUUCCUACACCAGCAACUCCGAUGACCACCUGCUGAAAAACAUCGAGCUGUUUGACAAGCUCUCCCUGCGCUUCAAUGGCCGCGUGCUCUUCCUCAAGGACGUCAUUGGCGACGAGAUCUGCUGCUGGUCCUUCUACGGGCAGGGGCGCAAGCUGGCAGAGGUGUGCUGCACCUCCAUCGUGUAUGCCACGGAGAAGAAACAGACCAAGGUGGAAUUCCCAGAGGCCCGAAUCUAUGAGGAGACGCUCAACGUCCUACUCUACGAGACCCCCCGAGUCCCCGACAACUCCUUGUUGGAGGCCACAAGCCGGAGCCGCAGCCAGGCUUCCCCCAGUGAAGAUGAGGAGACCUUUGAACUGCGGGACCGUGUCCGUCGCAUCCACGUCAAGCGCUACAGCACCUACGACGACCGGCAGCUUGGCCACCAGUCUUCCCAUCGCGACUGACGAGACCCUCAGGGAGUCGGGGCACGAGAUACCCGGUCUCCCCUCCUGUGGAGCCCUGGCCCACUGGCCGCCCCACGCUGCUGCUGCCGCCUGGGUUUCUGUCCCAGCACCCAGAGGCAUGACAGGAAGUCCGAGGGCCUGAGCAGGAGAGGGACCACCUUGCUUUGCCCUGCUCCCUCAGCACCUCAAGGUGACCAAGUCCUGGACCCUUUGCUCGGCCUUCCUGACAGAGGACUGCUGCUGCUCCCGGGGUGAAUGGACUGACAGGCCCACCUCCCACGAGAGCAUUCCCCUUGGCCCCUUCGCUCCAUCAAGGGGCUACCUUUGGGCCUCUGUUGAGGGUCUUGGGGAAUGGGUUCGUCCUGGCGCUUGGAGGCCCAGUCUCUCACAGAAGGUGCGGCUCCUUUUUCCUGAUCGUGUCUAAGCACAGCCUUCACAAUUUUGGUUUUUAACAAAUUAUCUAGGAAAUGAAUAGUUUUUAAGUCUACAACAAUGAGGGCCCUGGGUUACUUGUGCUACCCCUCAAGGGUGCCAGGACCCUGGGCAGGGCGUAGUCCUUGGCCUUUCUUGAUGCCUUUGGGAUCAGUUUCUUUAGUAUAUGUGCUGCUGAAGCGAGCACACAGGAUCAGUUUCUUUAAAGCACUUUGUACUUUUAUUCAGAUUUGUCUUCUGCCCUAACCCACAUCAUCUUUUUCUGACGCCAACCCCCUCUUUCCUACAGAAUCAGAGAGGGACUAGAGAAGCAAUAAAAGCAAAAAAAAAGCCACCACCACUGAAAACAAUUUACCAGUUUUGGCUUUGCUGAGCUGGCCAAGCAGCCAGCCCAGGGAGCCCACAGGAAGGAUGUUUAAAUCGGGAACCGGGUCCUAACAAUGCCCGUGAGAAAGAACCUUUUACCCCAGCAUCUUAAAGUCACGUACCUGACUCCUCGGGCCUAACAGGACUGCUCUUUCCGAUUCCCUUGCUCUUGGCUCCAAGGCGUGCCUUGCUUGACUGACCAGAGAGCCAUUGUUGGGGCUGGGAGCAUGAGCCACGGUAGGAAGACAGGCUGUGGAAACCGUGGGCACCGCUCUUGGAUGUCAGACGAGGACAGCGAGCACGAGCCCUGCGUUCCCAGCCCUGUGCCGAGGUGGCCUGUGCCUGGCCGCAUACCCCCUGCCCCCUGCCGCCCACCACUGGCGCUGUGUCCUGGCCCGGGGUGGCCGCGGCGUAAGCAGCCUAAGUUCUUUGAAAGAUUCCUUCAUUUCUUUCUUGUUGGGCCACGCGGUCACAGAGCUGCCAUGCACCAGCUUUUGGGCAAGGGUGUGAGUUCCUCCUUGGGGCUUUUGUCCACUGCCUCCCGUUUGGCUUGGCCCUUGGGAAGCCGCUUAUCCAAAUUCUUUUCCAAAGGAAUGCUCUCAGGGAGGGAUGUGUUUAGCCAGCCUGACCAGUGUGGCCACUGGGUAGCAGCCACCUGGGAAGGAAUACCGGUUAUCGGAUUCAUCUCUCCUGCCUGCUGGCACUAUAGCUCAGUGGCCUGCUGUGGCUGACCUGAUAGAGCCUCUGGGCAAAUGGCAGGCCGAGGCUAGGUCCCAUAAGGACCUGAAAUGACAUGAUGGGGCCGGGGCAUUGUGACUGACCAGGCAUUUACGCUUGUCACAGCCUUGAAAAUACAGACUUUCAGCAAGGCACCCUGGUCAUUGGCCCAGACGCUUCUUUCAGCCCUCACUGGAGUAACAUGAUGAAGACAAAUCCGUUUCUGUGGCCAGAUUCCGGCUCUGGCUUUGUGGCUUUCCCACAGAGACUGGAAUGCUCCUGCCAGAGGCCACUGGCAAGUCCCACUCCAAGUCCCAGCUCCCCACUGAGGUAUUUUAAUACCUGCCCUUUGACCUCCCCAGUGGCAGCCUCUCUUCACUGCUUUGACAUUUACGCCCUCAGUCUCUUCCUGAGAAAGCACAGUAGUCCUGGACUGAUGGAAAGUUAUCUCCUUGGUCUUAAGAAAAAUACUAACAUUGAAAUCAUUGACGUAACUGUAGCUUCUUUAACCAGACUUUGUGGCACAAGAGCUUGGAGAAUUUUCUUUGAGUUUCUCAGCCCCAUUCAGAAAGCAGCUCUUGGCUCUGAAAUUUUUCAACUCUGAGCAGCCCAGGAGAAAGUAAAGAGCGUGCAGGAAGGUCAAACCUUGUCGGUCUCUGAGAAAACGGAAGCCUGCUGGUGACCCCGUGUACCAGUGCUGGUGUCACGCAGCUUCUUGCCUAACACCUGCCUGAAGGAGAGCCCAGAACUUUGUCCCAUAACCACAGUUCUUUGUUGCUCCGCGUAGGUGAUGGAAAUAAACACUAACUUCUAAUAAAAUCGUGUUACAAAACUGC